AUGGGAAGCCAAGACGCCGCCGUCACCACCACCGCCGCCGCCGCCGGGGCCGGUAUCACCCUCCUCCCCUGGGACCCUGCAAGCGACACCCACGCCGCCCGCAUGACGAUGCAGCGGCACGCCUGCGGCUGGGACGCCGAAGCGGUACCGUACUGGCGGAAAAGAGUCGCGACCGGCGACAAGCUGCUCUUUUGGAUCCUGCUGUCCGGCGCCGGCGACGGCGAGACGCUGCUGGCAGCAGCCGCGCACGGGCAAGGGAGCGCCGCCGACAAUGAAGAGCGGGCGCCGCCGCUGCGCGAUACGGCGACGCGGGUGGGCAGGACGGCCCGGACACCAACGGCGGCGGCGUUUGUGCCGAUCGGACACAUUGCGCUCGACGAGUAUCCGGCGCGCAACGAGCUGUUUGGGCUGCCGGCGUCGACGUUGUGGAUCAAGUCGUUUUACAUUUCCAAAGCGAUGCAGUCGGGCGGGCUCGGCAGAAAAGCCAUGGGCCAGGUCGAGGCCAUGGCCGCCGGGGCGCCGUUUUGCAGCGCCGCGCUCGCGCUGGACACGACGCACCCGGCGUGGCAGCGGCGCGCGGCGAGCGUGCGUCUGUACGGCACGGAGGAGCCGCCGGCGAGCGCGCCGCCGGUGCGUACGAACCAGGCGUGGUACGCGCGGCAGGCGUACAGCGACAUGGCGCUGCCGGCGGCGGCGCAGGAGGAGGCGUGCGCGCGGGUCGAGGGCAGGGACUCGCUGGGGUUCUAUGCGUGGACGGACCCGGAGACGGGCGAGCUGGUUAAGAUUCCGACGGUGUACAUGUACAAGAUGAUGGGAUGA